GUCAGAAUCAUUUUCGACUCGUCCCAGAUCAAGGAAGUGGCCAAGGCCAGGUCCCGAUGGCUGCCCAAGGCAGGUGCGACAGCAACCACCUUCCCAACCUUGUGUACUGUACGAAUUUCGUCACCUGUGACCAACCCGCUGCGCCUCCGUGGCUGUCUCGUUCCACAGUCUCACCCGCUCACUGUGCGCUUGCAAGUUAUACAAGGUUACAGGCAUCCAGGGCCGUCCCGUUGCUCACUUCACACUUCGGGAGUCGCAUUCGAGCACCACCGCCAAAUCACGUCCUCUGCCGACGACGAUCCCACGCCAGGAAGCGCUGUCACGAAGCGUAGGGACGUCGCCAGGGAAAGGAGAUCGACAAUCAGCUCGCACGUUAGCACGCGCUAAAAUCCGUCGCUGCUGACACUGCUAGAGAGAGACUCAGCCGCCAGGCCCCUCCCGUCCAAUUGCACGGCACCCGGCAGUGGCAGGGCUGAAACCUUGGGCGGACAUUCCGCGCGAAACACAGGCGGGACCUGGCGCGCCAUGGAUAAAUAAUAAUACUGAGCGAUGCCGUGCUCGGCUCUGCGACCAUGCCAGUGGUCAUCGUUACCCUCUCGUCUCUCCCGCACCUCCGUUCAGAGCAGUCGCCAAGAUGGAGGCGUCUGGCCACAAGCAAGGAUGUGAGCUCGUAGGCGAAAGCAUGCCUGACAUUGCCGGCAUUGGAAUCAUUGUCGGCUUCGUCGGACAAGCCUUGCUCUCCCUGCUCCUCGCCGGCUGGGUUUUCCUCCUCUCCAAGCAGGGAAACCUCGACCUGCACCAUCAGGAAGGCACCAUAGAGCAUAAAAUCGAGCGCAAGCGCCUGAAAGCCGUCUCCGAGAUUCUCAUGGUCGGCAACGACAUUCAGAUGCUGCUUGGCAUCUCUUAUAUGAUCAACACGUUUGUGUACGGUGACAGCCUUGAUGUGUAUCACUUGCAUCUCGUGUUCGACGUUGUUAGCUUUGUCGGUGUCUCUAACGCGGCAGCCAUGGUCUGUUGGACAUUCUGCGCCUUCAAGCUCGACGGCAUGGGCACCAAGCAGGGCAAACCUCGGCCGCUCAAGUCCUACUUGUCAACGCGUCACCGCGGCACGUACCUCUUUGCCGUCAUGUUCCUCGCUUUGACGAUACUGCUGUGCAUCCGUCUCGACGACUGGGCACCGGACAAGGAACCUGGGCAGUGCUACCAUGCGCAGCUCAUUACCGCCGCCGACGCCCACCACCCCGUCGCCGAUAAGACGUAUGUUGCCGUCACCGCGAUAUGGAUGCUCGUUUCCAUGGCCAGCGCCGUUGUCUUCAACGCCCGCCGACGGCGCUGGGUCCUCGUCACCGCGUUCCUGCAGUUCCCCGUGCACCUGUACAUGGCUAUCGCCCUCCGAUCCGCCAACCAGGGCUACCUGAAGGGCGAGUCGCCCAACGAGAACAGCUGGGACUUUGGGCAGACGACGGCUGUUGUCCUCCUCGGGCUCGCCGUCACCGAAUUGUUCCGCAAGGGGCGCGAGUACCUCGUAUUUGAGCGCCAUCUCCUCAAAAACGGGCUGUCAGGACAGAAUUCGCAUGUUUCCAAGGCGCGCUCGCAAGAGGCAGGCGACAGGGACCCAGAGGAUGCCAGAGGCAGCUCCCAGCUACAAGGCGAGCAUGAACGGCAGAAUUUGCCCCGCGAAAGAUCAAUAUCACGAUGACGAGGCCCUGACAUGUCUGUCCCGAAGAGCUCAUAUAGCUGUCAUGAUGGCGUGUACCCAAGUACAAAUGUCCUUACGAAGAAGAGACUGUCCAGGCUGGCCAACGUAAUUAGGGGUUUGGAACAAGGCGACCGUGGACGUUGUAUCUGAAAAAUAAUGGAGCGCAAGUCAGGAUAGCACAGUCAAAUCUCU